GCCCAUGACCCAGCCUCCCCAGAGGCCUUGAGAAAGGGAGUGAGAGAGAGUGAGAGAGUGCGGGGAGCCUCCUGGCCCUGUGACAGCUGGGCCAGCCACACAGCGCUUAGCAUGUGGGAGCUCCGCUCCAUAGCAUUCUCCAGGGCCGUGUUCGCAGAGUUCCUGGCCACGCUCCUCUUCGUCUUCUUUGGCCUCGGCUCGGCCCUCAACUGGCCACAGGCCCUGCCUUCUGUGCUACAGAUUGCCGUCGCAUUCGGCCUGGGUAUCGGCACCCUGGUACAGGCUCUAGGCCACGUAAGCGGGGCCCACAUCAACCCCGCCGUGACUGUGGCCUGCCUAGUAGGCUGCCAUGUCUCCUUUCUCCGAGCCACCUUCUACGUGGCUGCCCAGCUGCUGGGGGCUGUGGCCGGGGCCGCUCUGCUCCAUGAGAUCACACCAGCAGAUAUCCGUGGGGACCUGGCUGUCAACGCUCUCAGCAACUCCACGACGGCCGGCCAGGCGGUGACGGUGGAGCUCUUCCUGACGCUGCAGCUGGUGCUCUGCAUCUUUGCCUCCACCGAUGAGCGCCGUGGAGAGAACCCGGGCACCCCUGCGCUCUCCAUAGGCUUCUCCGUGACCCUGGGCCACCUCCUCGGGAUCCACUACACCGGCUGCUCUAUGAAUCCCGCCCGCUCCCUGGCUCCAGCUGUCGUCACUGGCAAAUUUGAUGACCACUGGGUCUUCUGGAUCGGACCCCUGGUGGGCGCCGUUCUAGCCUCCCUCCUGUACAACUACGUGCUGUUCCCGCCAGCCAAGAGCUGGUCGGAGCGCCUGGCGGUGCUGAAGGGCCUGGAGCCGGACACCGACUGGGAGGAGCGCGAGGUGCGGCGGCGGCAGUCCGUGGAGCUGCACUCGCCGCAGAGCCUACCGCGGGGCAGCAAGGCCUGAGGGCCGCCCCGAUGGAGGCCCGUGGGGCCCAAGGCGGAAGGGCCCACCCCGUCCCUCCUCUCCCCCAGGUCUGAGGUUGACCCCCAGCGCAGAGUCGCUGCUUCCUGGACGUGUACGCGGGAGGCCAGUGCUGUGGGCAGGCAGAGAGGAGGCUGCGGGGUGGGGGAGCCCUGAGCCGGGCAGCUCCCCUGCCCUGAGGCUGUGGACAGCCGGCGGUGGAUCCCCCAGCCUUUUGCGGGGAACUGGGAAGUCGGAGGGUUGAGCUAGGGAGGGAGGCAGGUGGGUGGGAAGAGCGAAGAUCUGGAGAGCCUGCACCCAGGUGGUGGGUAGGGAGUGUACAGAUCCCUGCCUUGGGGGUUCUGGGAACGGUGCAACUGGUUUCACUAGUGUGCGAGUGCUCUGUUCAUCCCCGAGUUCUCCUUUGUCCUCACGUGCAGGGUUGUGGGUGCCCCUGAGUGUGAACAGGUUUGCCUGCGUUGGUGCAAGUGUGCACGGCUGGGGACUUCUCACUUCCCCUUGCACCCCUUCCACACCACCAUGUCACAGAUCCGCUUCCUCUGCAA